UUGUCAUUUCAUCCGACCAGGAUAGGAUGCGCAUACUUGCAUACGUACGCACGGACGCACGCACGCACGCAAAGCGGCCUUUUGUCCGAGAAGGAGACGAAGACGAAGACGAAGAACCCGAGAAGUCGAGUACGAAUAAAAUUCCCAGGUCACUGAACCAAAAAAGCCCUAAAGCUCCUUGUGCUUUCUCUUCUUUUCUUCUCAAUGAGAAGACAAUAGAAAGAUUGAACGAUAACAAGUCUCGAUUAAUAUUGGCCCAACAGGACUGAUGCUGUGCCCAAUUUUUCUGUUGGACUAGUGCUCCUGUUGUGGCCGAGAUUUUCUGAAGACCAGCUUCAUGUGCUUUCUCUUGAGUUAUCAAUUAUAUUUUGAGUGUUUCUUGUAACAUGGAACAAUGUCAGAUUGAAUAUACAGUACAAUAAAUUUGUAAAUAAUAUGUGUAUUGGAUAGACGAGGAGAAGAGAAACAAAUCAGUUCUUUUAUGGUGGAUUCUUGACGACCUGAAACUUUGGAAACGACCUUUCUCUGUUGUCAAUGGAGGGCUUAGCUCAAUUGGAAGCGUUAUGCGAAAGGCUUUACAAUUCACAGGAUUUGGCUGAGCGAGCUCAUGCAGAGAGCACUCUGAAAUGCUUUUCUGUGAACACCGAUUACAUUUCACAAUGUCAAUAUAUUUUGGACAAUGCUUUGACACCAUAUGCAUUGAUGUUGGCUAGUUCGAGUUUGUUGAAGCAAGUAACGGAGCACAGCCUCUCUUUGCAGCUGCGGCUGGAUAUCCGAAACUACCUUAUAAACUAUUUGGCCACCAGAGGACCUGACUUGCAGCCUUUUGUAACUGCAUCCCUGAUUCAACUGUUUUGUCGAGUUACAAAAGUUGGAUGGUUUGAUGAUGAUGGAUUCAAAGAGGUGGUAAAAGAGUCAAUGAACUUUUUGAGUCAGGUAUCAUCUGAUCACUAUGCCAUUGGUCUGAAGAUACUGAAUCAGCUUGUGUCUGAGAUGAAUCAGCCUAAUUCAGGAUUUUCCUUGACGCAUCACCGAAGAGUUGCCUGCUCUUUUAGGGAUCAGUCCCUCUUUCAAAUUUUCCAGAUAUCGCUUACGUCACUAUGCCAUCUCAAGAAUGAUGUCUCAAGCAGGUUGCAGGAACUUGCACUUUCACUUUCGCUUAAGUGCUUGUCUUAUGAUUUUGUUGGUACAUCUUUGGAUGAAAGUUCUGAAGAGUUUGGUACCGUUCAGAUCCCCUCUGCUUGGAGGCCAGUCAUAGAGGAUCCAUCGACAUUGCAGAUCUUUUUUGAUUACUAUGCAAUCACUAAGCCCCCACUCUCAAAGGAGGUUAGAAUAUUUGUUCUUAUAAUCUCUUGUACAAUAAAUGUGUGUUGGAUCCAAUUGCCACAUGUAUUUAUUCUUUUUUACAAAACUAUCUCAUUUAGUAUAGUCAGCGUCAGCAGGUUAUUUUUUCCUUCAAUUGUGAUUAUAUGUAAUAAGAAAAUGCUUGCUUUAUAUGACGGAUAAUGUGGAUGAGGAAUGAUAAUGGGAUGGAUUAAAUGAGUGACCAGCUCUGCU